AUGUCGCGUCCCGAGCGCAAGCGCAAGGUCGCCACCAAAUACGACAGCCUCCACCCAGACGAGGAGCGGAUGAUUGCCGAGGCUCUGCGGGCUUCGAUGCGUGGUCCUGAGAGUGCCAGUAUUGAUGAGGCUGGCGACGUCGCCGUUUCGCCCUCGCCUCGCCCGGCCAAGCGGCAGAAGACUCUCGCUAGCAAGAGCAAGACGCCUGCGGCCAAGAAGCAGAAGAAGACGAAAAAGGCCAGCUCCAAGUCGGCAUCGGCCGCCUCGAGCGGGAAGAAGGGAUCGGCUACGGCCAAGACAGCCAGCAAGGCGAGCUCCGCCGGCUCGGACGAUGCCGUUGCGUCGAGCAGCGCAAAGGCGGCCGAGACCAGCGCGAGCAAGGCGAGCAAGACAAGCAAGGCGAGCAAGACAAGCAAGACAAGCAAGACAAGCAAGGCGAGUAAGGCGAGCAAGAAGAGCAGGGAAACCAAGGCCAAGAGUCCACGGCGGCCACAGAUGAAGAAGAAGAUGGUCCGCAAGCGGCCGGCGUCCGGCCUGCUGCCGGUAGUGGAGAUGACUCGGCGUGAGACGUUCUCGGCAGCGCAUCGGCUGCACACAUACAAGAUGAACAAGGCCGAGAACGCGGCGCUGUAUGGCAAGUGCAACGGGCUGCACGGCCAUGGGCACAAUUACGUGCUCAAGGUCACCCUCCGCGGUCCGGUUUCACCCAAGACCGGCAUGCUGUACAACCUUACCGACCUCAAAGAAGUCAUCAAGACCUCGAUCCUCGACGUCCUCGACCACAAGCACCUCGACAAGGACGUGGCGUUUUUCAAGAAGCGUGUGUCGACGACCGAAAACGUUGCUGUCUUUUGCUGGCACCAGCUCACGACUGCUCUCGGCAACGACGCCUUCCUCCUUGCCAAGGUCUUUGUCGGCGAGACCGAGAAGAACGGCUUCACCUUUUUCGGCGACUACAUGGCCGAACCGCGCUUGGGCGACAUGUCCGAGGGCUCGGACUCGGGCUCGGGCUCGGACAGCUUUUGA